AUGGCGUGGACCGAGCCACGGACGCGACCAGACCCAAAGCAAGAACCAAAAUUGACGCCUUACAAUGGCAGGACUUUUCCAUCAGCCAUCCUUCAAGUGCACCCUCCAUUUUUACUUCCCAUCCUUCUCCUGCUUGCUGCCUUUGCUGACCUGGGAACUGCCGGUCCACCCCAGCCAGCCCGCCCCCCUCUCCUGUCUGGACAGCCUUUUAUCAUCUUCUGGGGCAUUUCUGACUCUGCUUGCUCCGGUCGGCCAGAUCCAAGCUCUUAUGGGAUGGAACGGGAGGGCCGUGUGGCCGUUUUCUAUGAGGACACACUGGGGAACUACCCUUAUUUUAUAGAUAAAGACACACCGGUCAAUGGCGGGUUACCACAGCACACACGGCUGGACAACCACCUUCAAAAGACACAGCAGGACAUAGAGGCAGCUUUACCUGCCCCAAGGUACCUUGGGCUGGGGGUGCUGCGCUGGGCAGAGUGGGUUCCCCAGUGGUCAAGAAACAGAGAGAAGCAGGCGAUGUGUCUAGAGGCAUCUAGAAACCUGAUGAAGAAUUUCUUUCCGAGCUGGACCCCAGAGGAGGUCGAGAGGUGGUCACAGGUGGACUUCGAGGCAGCAGCGCAGGCAGUAAUGACGGAAACUCUACGGGAUGUCAAAAGGUUGAGGCCCAAAGCAUUAUGGGGAGUCUCCCCUUACCCCAGCUGCUACAGCGGGGAUCCCGCCCAGACCAUAUUAGCCAAUUACACCAGCCAGUGCCCUGCUACGGAGAUGGCCCUUAACGAUGAGCUUCUGUGGCUAUGGAAACGAUGCUCCGCUCUCUACCCUCUCUUCACCCUGGAGAAGAUGCAGGGUGGUACCUCUGGAGCAAGGCUUUAUUUGUCCAGUCAAAUCAAAGAAGCACUACGAGUUUCGUCUCUGAGUGGGACGGCAUUUGAUCUUCCUGUAUUCCCACUGAUCAAGAGUGUCUACGCCUCUACUAACACUUUCCUGUCACAGGCAGACCUGGUCAGCACCAUAGGAGAGAGUGCUGCCAUGGGAACAGCCGGAGUUGUCAUCUGGGAGAGAAGUGAGACUAAGACGGAGAGAGAAUGUCAGGACCUAGCAGAGUUCGUCCGUAAGGUACUGGGACCCUACUCCAUGAACGUAACCACGGCAACUCUGCUUUGCUCAGCAUCUCUGUGCCAGGGAAAGGGACGAUGUGUUCGUCAAAAUCCAGAAAGCUCGGCAUACCUCCACCUCCCGCCGCCCUCCGCACUCACACCUCCAUCUCCAUCUCCAUCCGAAGUGGUGGAGAAGGAGACAGAAAAGACCUCCUGUCAACUGGCCGCGCGCGGCGUUCCACACAGCCCGGGCUCCAGACCGCGGCUCACACCGCUGCGAGAGGAGCGACGCCUGGUCCCAGCCACCGUGAAGGUGAUCAGCUUCCCUGGGAGCGUUCUCCCCUUCCACUAG